AUGGCAAGCAUGGCAACUACUAAAGAGAACCGUAAUUUUAGUGAGUUGGACCAAACACUAGGCGCUACGGGUAACUUCAACUGGACCAAUGUGUCCAGUCUGAACCCUUGGACGACCUCGGUGACGACCUCGAAUGGACCGAGGGCGACCUCAGGUCCCGCUGCCCUGAUCUCCGAGUGGACCACGGACACCGCAUUCCCUUCCACUAUGACCUCUGUUCAGAACAUCACCAUGGACUUUUCUGAGAGGAUAUGUAACUCAUCGUACACGGGGAAUGGGACCACAUUAUGGAAUUGCUUUUACAACACGACGAACAGUAGUGGGUUUGACAACUCCACGGAGACGCUAGCGUUUCACUCCACGACUGAAGUAGUGCUGAUCGCUUUAGUGGUGUUCGUGUUGAUAGUGCUGACGGCAUGGGGAAACAUCAUGGUAGUACUGGCGUUCAAACUUGACAAGGCGCUUCAAACUGUCAGCAAUUAUUUUCUUCUAAGUUUAGCUGUGGCUGACUUCACCAUCGCCGUCGUGUCGAUGCCCUUGUACACGGUUUACCUGUUGGCGGGCUACUGGCCCUUCGGCUCCAUCCUCUGUGAUGUUUGGCUCUCGCUGGAUUACACUAUGAGUAACGCCUCCGUGGCUAAUUUGUUGAUCAUCAGUUUUGACCGGUAUUUAUCUGUGACUCGCCCUCUUACCUACCGAGCCAAAAGGACACCCAAGAGGGCUGCCAUCAUGAUAGCCUGUGCUUGGUUUAUAUCCGCUGUCAUGUGGACACCAUGGAUAUUCGCGUGGCCUUACAUAGAAGGACAAAGGAGAGUACCGGCCACGGAUUGUUACAUUCAAUUUCUCAAGACUAACACUUUUCUCACAAUCGUUACGGCUGUUGGAGCUUUCUAUUUACCCGUAACGAUUAUGUCACUUUUAUAUUUCCAAAUAUACCGAGAAACGGAAAAACGUCAGAAAGGUCUAGCGAAACUACAGGCUGGGAAAGAACAUAACGGCAGCAAGAAGUCGGCGUUUUCUAGUGACGAUGAGGGUAUUUCUAGCCUGAGUCAACGACGAAGCGAUUCCUCUCCUGAUUUAGAGGACAUAGAUCUACAAGGCGUAGUGCCGGAACAAAAGAAAACAUUAGCCCAGAGACUCAUCUGUUGUAAGAUUGACCGCGAUCCGGAUUAUCUGGAGGAAUCGAGUACUAGCGAACCCCCGGGGUCUCCGGAUGUAGAUAGCCCUUAUAGUAACGCCACAUCCUCAUCAACACGACCGGGGCUUCUAACAACGAUGUCCAAGGAUGUGACGUUUCAUGAACACAAUAAUUCUAAUGCUAAACAUAAAGUGAGAGGCAGCCCGAGUAAUAUGAUGAUACCCUUGUUGUCCGUGGAUUCUCGAAGACCUUCUCCACUUACGCCUUCCACUGACAUCACUGGUACAUUCAGCCGUCACAGCGACCUGUCCGCCGUCACAGGCAUCACGGACGCCGACAUCGAACCUCUAAUGGAGAGGAGGAAUGAUUCCAUGUACACUAUCUUGAUCAAGCUGCCGGCGGACGGGGGUUCGAACCGCCGGGAGAAGCCGAUUAUCCAGAUGAUAGCGGACAGUGACGAAGACGACUUGUCAGUGGACCGUGUCGAGUGCGGACGGAGUGAGGACAGUGACUCCAGCGACACCCUCGCCCGGAGGAGAUGUGAGGUAGAGUCAAGCUUUACCCACAACGUCAGCUUCCGCCCCAUGGGACCACCGCCCCCACCACCCACGGGCACGCCAGCCCUGGGCCGGAGAGUUAUGCCGCACAGCCACCCAGCAGCAAACACAGAUCCAAACCGGAUGGUAAUGCAAGCUAAACUGGCCGCAAAUAUCGCCACGAAAAUGAAAAGCCAAAGGGCUAGAAGAAAACGACAAGAAAGGAAACAGGAGAAAAAGGCGGCAAAGACUCUAAGUGCUAUUUUACUGGCGUUUAUAGUGACUUGGACACCAUAUAAUUUGUUUACAGUAGUGGAGGCUUUUUGUACCGGGUGCAUCGAUUCCACCCUGUACUCUAUAGGUUACUGGUUGUGCUACAUUAACAGUACUGUGAACCCCGUGUGCUACGCCAUGUGCAACGCUAACUUCCGGCGGACCUUCUGGCGGAUUCUGACGUGUCGGUGUUUCCGGCGGCACGAACCCCGGGGCAGGGGGCCGUCUGCUUACACCAGUGGGUGCGGCUCCAGAGGGCGAUCUCAAUAA